ACUGAAACUCGCAAAUCCAAGCUCAGAUCAGCUUUGCCAAUCUCCGGAGAGAAAAGGGCCCUACAAGAAAGAGGCGGGAAAAAAUUCAAUCCAAUCCAAUUAUCAUUUCGAUUCCGGACCCUUUAAAUCUCAUCUUCUCUAUUUCCCCGAACUCUCUCGCGGCGUGGGGAGCGGUAGAAGAAAGAGAAGAAAGCCAUCUUAAUUUCUUCUAUUUUAGUCUCCUUCCCUCUCUUCCUCCUCCUUCGAAUCUGCUCUCUUAUUUCGUCGAAAGCUCCUAUUUUCAGAUGAGAUCUGGCCAGCUUAGAUAAGUGUCUUGCAGGAAUGACAAGUACAAUCCACUCAUGUUUAAAGUUGAAAUGUGCAUCUUACUUGUGAAGAUUGAUCUAAGUUGCAAUUUCAACUCUUUCAAGCCAUGCGAUGUUUAGAAGGCUUCCAAAUUCAUCACAUAAGAUGCUGAGUUGAAUUGCACUGCAUGUGAUUUAUUGAUUGCACUAGAUGUGUGUUUACGAUACUAAGCAUAUGGAUGCUGCUUCUGCUCAGGAAAGCUGUCAGGCAAUGAAUUGUUCACGUCCCAUGAAAAAUUCGGAGCAGCAACAGAAUGAACAUGACUCAAAAGCUACGCACAAAAGAUCUGCAAACAUUGUGCUUGCAAGAUCUGAUUCUCUUGGCAUUGAACAACUGAGACCUUCACUUGAGAGUGCCAUGAAUGUUGAGUCUAAUCUUGGAAGAGGUGACAUGCCACAGUCUGCAUUGAAGAAUUCUAGAGGAUCUGCACGUAAAGGAAAGAAGGUUUCCUCCAAAUUGGGAAGCAGGAAAUACAUCUUAAGAUCUUCCUCAGAUGGUGUAAGGGUUCUUCGGUCAAGGUCAAAUGGGGCCUGUAAAAGUAAAACUACUCUUGAUGCAAAUGCUAACUCGGUGCCUCUGAAUACUGAAAGAGGAAAGAAAAGGAAGAAGAAGAAGAAAAGAAUAAAUAGAGAGAAGAACGACGAGUUAUCUAGAAUCAGAAACCGUGUUAGAUACUUAUUGGCUCGGAUGAGCUAUGAGCAGAGUCUGAUUGAUGCAUAUUCUGGUGAAGGCUGGAAAGGACAAAGUGCAGAAAAAUUAAGGCCAGAGAAGGAGCUUCAACGUGCCACAUCUGAAAUUUUACGUUGCAAAUUAAAAAUACGAGAUAUAUUUCAGAAUCUCGAUAAUAUAUGCUCUGAGGGAAAGUUUCAGGAAUCUUUAUUUGAUUCUGAGGGACAAAUCGACUCUGAUGAUAUCUUUUGUGCCAAAUGUGGCUCCAAAGAAUUUUCUGCUAAUAAUGAUAUUAUACUCUGUGACGGCAUCUGCGAUCGUGGCUUUCAUCAGAAGUGUUUGAUUCCCCCAUUGUUAAAUGAAGAAAUUCCUCCUGGAGAUGAAAGUUGGCUAUGUCCUGGAUGCAAUUGUAAAGUAGAUUGCGUUGACUUACUUAAUGACAUUCAAGAAACCAACCUUUCCAUUGAAGACAAGUGGGAGGAGGUUUUUCCUGAGGCAGCUGCUAGUGCAGCCGGGGAUAAGCAGUAUGAUGACUUAGGGCUUCCAUCAGAUGAUUCAGAGGAUGAUGAUUAUGAUCCUGAUGGUCCAGAUCUUAGCGAGAGGGUUCCAAAGGAAGGCUCAAGUUCUGAAGAGUUAGAUUCUAGCUCCAUAUCUGAUGACUCAAGUACUUCCGCCAGUGAAGAGCAACAUGAACGUUCUGGAUUUUCCUCUGAUGAUUCAGAGGAUAAGGAUUAUGAUCCUGAUGUUCCAGAUGUUGACAAUAAGGUACAAAAGGAAGGCUCAAGCUCUGAUGAAUCUGAAUUCACAUCCGAUUCCAGUGGUUCGAGUGCUUCAAGCCAUGAUAAUGCUUCUUCAAGCUCAGAUGAGGUUCCUGUGGGCUCAUCAAGGAAUCACUCUGAUCCUGUUGAUAGGUUGGGUAAAGGAAGAUCUAAAAUGAGCCCUGAAAAGAGAAAACCGCUAAAUUCUGAGCUUAUAUCCUUAUUGGAACCAGAUCCAAGUGGUAAAAUUGCUCCUCCUAUUUCAGGAAAAAGGCAUUGUGUACGGCUGGACUACAAGAAGCUGCAUGAUGAAACAUAUGGAAAUAUACCUUCCGAUUUGAGUGAUGAUGAAGACUGGACAGAGAUGAGUACACCAAGGAGAGAGAAGAGUGAUAAUGUUAUACCAUCAAAGAGAAACGCUCGAACGCUCCAGAAUGAACAAUUUUCUACCAAGGCCCAAAGCACUCCUGCAGUGAAAGAUAUGUUACCAAAGCCAAUUAUAGACCAAGUGGGAGUAGCUGCAAAUAUCCCAAAUAGGAAUACUUGUGAGAAACUGGAAGUUGAAAGCACCAAUCAUUCAGUAGCUAAGCUGCAGAAAGAUAAUCCCAAAUCAGUAUCUCCAAAUAGGAAUACCUGUGAGAAACUGGAAGUUGAAGGCACCAAUCAUUCAGUAGCUAAGCAACUGAAAGAUAAUCCUAAAUCUGAUACUGAUAGUAGCGCAAAGAAAGCUACCACAUCAGGCUCCAGAAGUUUCUCACUAGCAGUAUCUCAGAGACUUUCUGAAUCUUUGAUGGUAAAUGAGUAUCCUGACCGGGUGACAAUAGAAAAUUUGUCGAAGGAACUAGGAAUCACGGUCCAGCAGGUUAAAAAAUGGUUUGAGAAUGCUCGUAGAAGUUUGCGCCUUAAAUCAAACAGAGAAGAGACUAAAGCAGAAAACAGGACUCUGGACAAUGACACUGUCAUUUCCAAGACCAAUGGAAAGGAUACCGAGUCCAGAGGAAUUAUCGUUAACUCUGCUAGCAAUGGAAGUGAAGUGAUGAGAUCAAAUAAGGCAGACGUUGUGAAGCCUACUGUGACUCAACAUGGUGUUGGGGAGAGGAAAUGGAGGAAACAGGUGGUUAGUAGAAGCUACUGGAAUUCUGCAAAGCAUGAGUCGAGAAAGAGAAGAAUGGACAAGUUAAGUGAUGGAGCUCCGGAUGUUGCCUCUAGGGCCAACAUGAAACUGACAAAGGGUAAGGAAAGAGAUUCAGCAGGAGUUCAACGGCCACAGGAAAAAAGGCCAAACCGCUAAUCCUUAAGAUACCCAGACUAGAAGUAGAAGAGCCAUUGGUUUAGAACUCUGAUUGAAGGACUUGAUGAUAACCCAAUCACAGUUGUUCUCACCAUUUUCCUGUGUAGGGAAUUCCAGCAUUGCACUCUCAGAUUGUUUGAUGUUGCUACCUGAGCAUUACUUGGGAGUGGUAUUCUGGAACUGGAAGAGACAUGGAUGGUUCGAACACAGAUUCCUGCUAAAAGAGGCAGCAGACCUGCAGCCUGCACAUUUUUGUUGAAAUGAAUGUUCUAUCAUUCAAAUGAGGCCCUAUCUCGACUCUCCACAUUAUUAUUAUUAUUAUUAUUAUUAUGGGUGGGCUUUUAACUGCAAGUGCAGUCUCACAAGCUUUCUUGGACUUGGUCUCAUGCUUGUAUUGUUUGCCAUCUGUGAGUUUUUGCCAUGCUCUUGUAACCUUUAACAGCACGUAAAGAUAGCAUUAUUGGCAUACUCAUUCUUUAACAUGAUCCGGAACAUGUUGAGACA